AUUCUGGAGAAGGUCUCAGCCUCAUGCUUCAUUUUAUUCGAUCUAGUGCAAGAUGCGACUGUCGUGGCAAUCCCUCACCUUUCGCGCAAGCUAGCCAUCGCAGUCGCCAUGCAAUACAGGUUGAUCAAAUUCCUAGGUACAUUGCGUCGGAAAUCUCUCCUGUAUCUCUCGAAUUUCGAACAUGACCACAGCAUAUGGUUCUUGCACGUGGUCCUUUUAGCGUCUAGUUGGUGUCUUCUCCUGACUCUAGAACGCCUAGUUCAGUUCCCCAGACCUAGUAAUGAAUUCCUAGCAGUAACGCGACCCUACAGUGGAGGUCUUAUCUUGGUUCGCUCUACAAGGUAUGAUGUCGGUACCGUGCGCCCCUUUGAGAUCCACUAUCGAGUAAGGUUGGCUUACAGUGAGGCCGCGACGACGUACGACACACGACCGAUCGGCAAUGGGUGCCGAAUGCGCAGCUCUGUUCCAACGUCAACUUGGAUUGGCACACGGCGAAGCCGCAGAGUACGUUAGCACCCGCCAAACCACCAAGAGAUUGGAAUACGAAUCACACCGAGAUCCGGACCUUCUGUACGACAGCUUGGGGUCUUUGGUUUGGCGGUAUCGUCAUCCGGUCCUUUGGAGCAUAGCCAUACUGUCAGUAUCAAGGUAGUGAUGGGAGUUGUGUCUCACG